UGAGAAACACUAUCAGCGACCGACGGGCGUUGACGGGACGACCUGUUACCACCUACCGCAUAACCACAGCGUCGCGAAGAUUGGCGGCCAAUUGGCUGCUGCCCGCAUUUACAAACCCUUUCGACAUAGAGACGUACCUCGAUGUGCCGACCUUGAGUCAACCUUGUCGGUUGCUGGUUUCCCUCCGGUCCCGGUCGAACUCGCGCCACUCGAGACCUCCCGACAAUGCUGAAGCCACGGCUCUUCCCCUUGACUUCGGGGGUAGCCUCGCUUUCCAUCCUCUGUCAGAGAACCCUCCAACUCAACGCUAUCAGGCGGUACUCAGCCGUGGUGCCGAGCGAUGCCAAGGAUGCGCCCAGCGAGGACACGACCGCCGCCUUUGGCCCCCCCUCCGCCCAGCUUGAAGCUGUGAAGAUGCGGACGUACAAGCCACGGACUCCCGGUCUUCGACACCUCAAACGACCGAUCAACGAUCACCUCUGGAAGGGCAGGCCGUUUCUGCCCUUGACCUUUCCCAAGAAGGGUCAUGGGAAGGGUGGCAGAAACAACUCGGGCAAGAUUACGGUCAGACACCGUGGAGGUGGGCAUAAACGGAGAAUCCGUAUCGUUGACUUCAAGCGGUGGACGCCGGGGCCGCACACGGUCGAGCGUAUCGAAUACGACCCGGGCCGGAGUGCCCACAUCGCCCUGUUGACGGAGCAGGCAACAGGAAAGAAGAGUUAUAUCGUGGCCGCCGAGGGCAUGCGCGCUGGAGACGUGGUGCAGAGCUACAGGUCUGGCAUUCCUCAGGAUCUGCUCGACAGUAUGGGCGGCGUUAUCGAUCCCGGUAUCCUAGCGGCCAAGACCGCUUGGAGAGGAAACUGCCUGCCUCUUCACAUGAUUCCUGUCGGCACGGCCGUGUACUGUGUGGGAUCGCGGAAGGACGGCGGUGCGGUCUUCUGCCGUAGUGCCGGUACAUAUGCAACCAUCAUCUCCAAGGAGGAGGAGACGCGGGACGACGGCACCAAGGUCAUGACCGGGAAGCAUGUCGUAGUCCGUUUACAGAGCGGCGAGAUUCGCAAGGUUAGCAAGGAUGCUUGCGCAACCAUCGGUGUGGCCAGCAACGUCAUGCAUCAAUAUAGGCAGCUGGGAAAGGCCGGGCGUAGCCGGUGGCUCAACAUCAGGCCCACGGUGAGAGGCGUGGCCAUGAACGCAUUUGAACAUCCCCACGGUGGUGGUCGUGGUAAAUCGAAGGGUAACAGGCAUCCCGUCAGCCCCUGGGGCCAACCAGCCAAGGGUGGCUUCAAGACGCGCAAGAAGAGUAAUGUCAACAAAUGGGUGGUCACUCCUCGGGCACGCAACAUGGGCAAGCGUAGAAACAAGAACACCGCCUAAGGAGGGCAGCGACUGCGUUGUGGAGCGAUGGGGUGGUCAUUAUGUACAAUAUGUAGAUCAGCAAUCAUUGUUCUUUUUCGAGUCUGAAGUCAAAAAUUCCGCUAAGCGGCGGCAGACCAGCAUAUUCUGAGGCUUUCGCAUCGGCUUCUGAGCGUUCACCG